UGUUGCGCUCUCAAUAGAUCCUCCAUGGAGAUCAGGCGUGCAAAGUGCAUGCCAUAUCCGCGAGUCACAACGUGAAGGAAACUUCUCCAUGUCCCAAUUCGUGGGGGCUGCGCCUCUUUCUGUCGAAGUUUCCUCUUUCCGUGCUCCUUUUGAUGCCGCAGAUGCAGAUUUGAUCAUUCAUACCUCAGACGACGCAAAGUUCGCUGUCCACAAGAUCUUCCUCACCGUCGCGUCUCCGCUUUUGAAACGUUUCCUAACUUCGGGGUCGUCAUCACCGUGCCCGCCGUUUGAAGGGCUCGUCCUUAAACACGAUGGCAAUCAUGCCAUCAUUAAACUCGAAGAAGACGCUCAGACAACUGAAUGGGUCCUGCAAUAUUGCUACCCCUUCUCCAAUCCGGUAUUUAACAGCCUAAACGAUGUACAGGCCGUCUUGGAGAUGAUGAGAAAGUUCGGGAUGAAGGGGUUGAUGAACAGAGCCAAGGGUUCGCUUGUACAGCAAGUGUUCCUGAACGAACAGCCGCUACGCGUAUUCGCCAUCGCAUACCGUUAUGGCCUGUAUGAUGAAGCCCGCAUAGCUGCGAAGUAUACAGUCCGCCAGCCCUUCUUCACUCCCUACGUCGAAGAGCUGGAACACAUCCCCGCCUCUGUCUACCAUCGCCUCCUCCAGUACCACCGAAAGUGCAGUGUCGCUACAUGCUCACUGACGGCCGACUUCUCCUGGUUUCCUGGUUUCGCAUCACGUUGGGUUUGGUUCCAAUGCGACGACUGCGUUCAUCACCCUCUAUCGUGGCCUCUUUCUGAUGGGAAGAUAUAUGAAGUAAAUGCGUGGUUUAUCGAUUUUAUGGAGCGCGCCAGAAACGCUCUUCGUGAGCGCCCUUGUGCCAAGGUCGUCGCAGAUCCAUUCUUGAUUGCGGAAUGUCUAGAGGCGGCAUCUGGCUGCCAUAUGUGUCGACCGGCUGCGUUCCUAGAUCUCAGCGUGUUUAUUGGGGAACACUUCGCUCUGGAGAUUGAAAGGGCGAUUGAUACUGUGGAGCUUGAUAUCCCGUUCUAGCUAAAAGUCUGCGGUCUAUUUAAAAUACAAAACACCACGAUGUAACCGAAUUUGUUUUAUGCCACAUCCCUAAAUCUGGGACCGACCCCAAAGAAACCG